AUGGCUGCCGCGGCGCUGGGCUUGGGCGCUCUGGCGCUUCUGGCUGGACAAGUUGUCGCCCAUGGAGGAUUGAACAAUUAUACCGUUGGUGAGACGUGGUAUCGCGGGUACGACCCCAACGCGCCCGCAGAAGAGCAGCUCGGCCAAGACUGGAUGGUCCAGCGCUCCUGGACCACCAUCGACCCCGUCUUCGACUACGACUCCGAGUUCCUCUCCUGCAACAACCCCGGCGCCUCGGCCUCGGCCUACAUCGACAUCGCGGCCGGCGACAACAUCACCGCCAUCUACUGGUACUGGCUGCACCCCACGGGGCCCAUGGCCGUGUGGCUCGCCGAGUGCGGAGAGUCGUGCGAGGACGUCGACACCAAGGAGCUCGAGUGGUUCAAGAUCUGGCACGCCGGCCUCGUUGACGACGGCGCCCUCGGCCUCGCCGAAAGCACCUGGUACCAAAAGGCCUUCCAGAACUGGCAAGGCCUCGCCGCCUACUGGCCCAUCACCAUCCCCCGCCGCCUCCGCCCGGGUCUGUACAUGGUGCGCCACGAAAUCAUCUCCAUCCACGUCGCCGACAAGCCCCAGUGGUACCCCGAGUGCGCUCACCUCAACGUCACCGGCGACGGCGACCUCCUGCCCGACGCGGACUGGCCCCGCUACCGCUUCCCCGGCGCCUACUCGACCGACGACCCCGCCGUCUUCAUCGACAUUUACUCUGAAGAGUGGGAGAAUCCCGUCAACGCUGCCACGUAUCAACCCCCUUGGGGCCGGUAUGGACGGGUGAAGACGAAGCUGAGGAGGUAG